CCUCUACCAUUUAAUUUUCCCCUUCACUCCGAUUCCGAUUCCGAUUACAAUUCCGAUUCCGAUUCCGAUUCCGAUUCCAAUUCCAAUCCCAAUGGCCUCCUCUGAUAAUCUCACAACCAUCCUGGAUCCAUGGGCCUUCCGCCCCUCAUUUCAAGACCCAUGGAUUUCCGAUGUCUUCUCCAGAGAAACAGACGCACUCUCCAACCCCAUUCACUCCGACCUCUUCUCUUCCUUUUUCGACUUAAUUGCCCCUGAUUCUACUCCCACUCCCACGCCCACUGGUUCAGGAAUCUCCGCCGACCCCGAAAUCCCCGCCCCCAACCGACCCAUCUCUUCGAUCCCCCCCACCGGACGGAAAAUCACCAAGAGGAAGUCCAGAGCCUCCAAGCGGAACCACACCACAUUUAUCACGGCCGACCCGGCUAACUUCCGCCACAUGGUCCAGCAGGUCACGGGGGUCAGAUUUGGCAACUCCCACCUUCAGAUUCCUCCGCUUUUAAAGCCGGAACCGCAGAGGCCAGCUGGGCGCUUCACUGUCUGCGACGCUGAUGCGGAUGCUGAUGCUGGACUGCCUACCCUCGACACGUCGGCUUAUUUGCUGAACCACCACCAGCAGAACUCCGGGAGUGGAUCCGAGAUAACUGGGCCGGGUUUUGGGUUGUCAAAUGACGCCCUUAUCGGGUCGGAUUUUGAUACAUUUUCGUCUUUUCCCACUCUCGAGUCGUGGAAGGCGGUCAUGUGAUGGAAAAUCACUUUUUUUUUUUUCUUUUUUUCUUUUUUCUUUUUUGGAAAUUAAUAUUUAGUAAUUCAAAAAAAA